CACUGCUUUUUGAACGUUACAACCAGCAAUAUUCCACUUGAUAUCCAACGAAGAAGUUCAGGUGUACGCAGUGAGCAUUAGUCACAUCGACAGCUUGAGAAUCCAUUAGGGCCUACUGUUCGCCGGCCAUCUUCCACUUCCGAUUCAUCAAAGAGGUUUAAGUGUGCGCAGUGAGCAUCAGUCGCAUCUACAGCUUGAGGUAACAGAACCCCUUUCUCAUCAAGAUGGCCGAAGCCGCACUACCCACCACUGAGACCACUUGCAAGAUAAGCCAUGUACACAUCGAAUGCCCAAUCUGCCUGAGUCGGUUCACCAAUCCGAAAAUCCUGGACUGUCUGCACAGCUUUUGCUUCAAAUGUCUUCAGGAACUUAUAGACAAACAGGAUCCGAAGACGGACACUAUUAUUUGCCCAAUGUGUAAAAAAGAAACGUCAAUCCCAGACGGGGGAUUGUCGGAUCUUCUUGGCUGCUUUUUCUUGAGCUCGCUUAUUGAUGACGUCAUCAAUCUUGAAGGUCCAAAGAAGAACAUUAACCCACCUGUCUUGACUUGCGUUUGGUGCGACGAAGGUCUUGAAGAUGUCUCACGGUGUGUUGACUGUGAUGCAAUUUUUUGCAAAACAUGUCUGAAAAACCAUGCAAAACUAAAAAAAAACAAGCAUCAUCAAAUCGUUGAUGCUGUCGGCUCGUCAAAUGAGCGACCCAAAGACAAGAACAAAACUGAGCCACAAAAGUGCCGAAAACACAGUGACCAGGACCUGUGUUUCUAUUGCGAUACGUGUGAUUUACUUGUGUGUCUCAAAUGUGCGGUGUUUGAUCACCGAGCGUCAAGCCACAAUCUCUCUGAGAUCAAUGAUUCCAUUCGAUCUUAUCGUCGAGCUGUUGAUGAAGCCUUGCAGAAGUUUGACGAGUGUCGCAAACAAUUCCAAAAAGUGGACGACUCUAUCAAGCACUCGCAUCGUAGAUUACAGCUCAUGGUCGACCGGGCUCUUCGAGAUAUUGUGGCUAAGGAGGAAGAGGAAAUCACUAAGAUAAGAAAUGCAUCUCGCCUCCUUCAAGAAAGAAUCACUCAAAUUGGUCAAGAAAGAGGUGAGGGAUUUGAGAGCACACAGAGCAGCAAUCACGAUAAGAUGAGCCGUGCAGAGCAGAUCGUAGCUUCAGUCAAUGACUUGAUGCAUCAUGCUGAUAACUUUGAGCUGCUGGACCUGAAGCCAAAAGUUAUGCACAACUUAGACUUCCACAAAGAGCUCCAGUUUCAAACAGUGCAGCAUAGCAAGUCAUUCAUCGGGUUCAAAGGUCAUGAUAUCGUCACUGAUGCAGAUCUCGGUGAAAUACUAGAGGAAGAGAAGUGGGAGGUGAAGACAGAGUUUGGUAAAGAAGGGGAAGGUGAGGGGGAGUUCAAGUGUGCAAGAGACGUUGCUUGCUUCAGCAAUGGUGAUAUUGUCGUUACUGAUACAAGCAGGUGCCUAUUCACAUUUACAUCAAAGGGUAAUUACAAAUCUACAGGUGUUCAAAGUGGAUCAGAGGACGGUAAACUAAAACAACCUUUUGGUGCCGCCGUGACCUCUGAUGACCUGCUUCUGGUUACUGACGGAGAGGAUAUAAAGGUUUAUGAUGGAGAACUGAGAUAUAUUCGUCAGUUCAGACCCUCAGAGGAUCACGUCGAGGGGCAGUCAGAGAGUCUACUUUGUGGUAUUGCUGUGGACAAGAAAGAUCGAAUUGCAGUGGCUGACUGUGAGAGAAAGGUAAUAUCUCUGCAUAAUAUGGAUGGAUCCAUUAUUUCCACAAUACGUCAUGACGAUAUUUAUUACUGGUUUCUAUCUGUAAGCAGCAAGGAGCGUCUGAUUUUUACAAACUUCGAGAAGAUGAAACUUGUUUGUCUGGAUUUCAUGGGAAACGAGGUGUUCAAUAUCAGCACCUCCAUUGAUGGCAAACCUGUAAAACCGCUGGGACUAUGCUGCGACGAUGCUGGAGACAUCUAUGUGUCUGUUUAUUGUGGUGACCGGGGAAUCUUUGAGAUUCAUCAUUACGAUGCAUUAGGUGAGCACAUCGGCUGUGUUGCUCGUGGCUUGUACAAUCCUCUUGGCAUGACGUUUACUCCUACCGGUGACCUUAUCGUGGCUGAGAUGCACUCGGUCAAGGUCUUGCAUCGUUUGUAA